GAACACCAUGGCUUCAGAUCCGGGGCUGGCUGCGAUGCUGCUAUGGACUAUAUCACUACAGGCUCUGGGCACCGCAGGAACUAACAGUAACGAAGUGAACCUACUGGACACGACGACCAUCACAGGAGACUGGGGUUGGCUAACGUAUCCGUCACAUGGGUGGGAUGCCAUUAAUGAGAUGGACGAGUACUUCAGCCCUAUCCACACGUACCAGGUCUGUAACGUGAUGAGCCCCAGCCAGAACAACUGGCUGAGGACGGGCUGGAUCCCUCGAGACGGAGCACGAAGGAUCUACAUCGAGGUCAAGUUUACCCUGAGAGACUGCAACAGCAUGCCUGGAGUACUGGGCACAUGCAAGGAAACCUUCAACCUGUACUACUAUGAAUCUGAUAGAGCAGUGGGCUCGGCCGUACGGGAGAACCAGUUCAUUAAGAUUGACACCAUCGCUGCUGACGAGAGCUUCACAGGGGUGGACCUGGGGGUCCGCAGACUAAAGCUCAACACUGAGGUGCGAGGCGUGGGACCUCUGAGCAGACGAGGUUUCUACCUGGCCUUCCAGGACAUCGGCGCCUGCAUUGCUCUCACCUCUGUGCGGGUUUACUACAAACGCUGCGUGGGAGUGAGCCGUAACCUGGCGGUGUUCACUGAUGUCGUGACGGGUGCUGACUCAUCCUCUCUGGUGGAGGUCAGGGGUCAGUGUGUGGAUCACGCAGAGGAACGGGACACGCCCAAGAUGUACUGCAGUGCUGAGGGGGAGUGGCUGGUGCCCAUCGGGAGAUGCGUGUGCUCCGCGGGAUUCGAAGAACACAGAGACUCCUGCGUGGCCUGUGAGGUGGGUUUCUAUAAGCCGGUGGCGGGCGAUGGCCUGUGUGGUAAAUGUCCUCAACACAGCCACUCAGAGACCAGAGCCGCCCUCUCCUGCCCCUGUGACUCCAACUACUAUCGGGCAGCAGAUGACCCACCAGCAGCUCCAUGCUCCCGCCCUCCAUCUGCUCCUGUGAACGUCAUCUCCUCGGUCAACGGGACAUCUGUGAAUUUAGAGUGGGAUCGCCCUCUGGAUACAGGAGGUCGCAGCGACCUGAAGUACAGUGUGUUGUGUCAGAAAUGCUCAGGGGAAGGAGGGCCCUGUGAGGACUGUGCAUCCUCCCCGGGAGGCACUGGUGGAGGCAAGGCAGGCGGAGGUGCCAGUAUCGGGGUCGGAGGGAUGGUGGAGCGUACGGGCACUGCGGCAGUUCGGUUUGUGCCCCGUCAGAAUGGGUUGACGGAGCCCUGGGUGACGGUGCUCAAUCUGGUGGCUCACACCAACUACUCCUUCCGUCUCCUCGCCAUGAAUGCAGUGACACACCUGAGCAACGAGCCGUCAACUUAUGCCUUGGUCAACAUCACAACGAACCAGGCAGCCCCCUCUGAAGUGUUAGCCAUUCGCCAGGAGAACACCAGUCAGAACAGCGUGACUCUGCUGUGGCAUGAACCCGACCAGCCCAACGGAGUAAUUCUGGAGUACGACAUCAAAUACUACGAGAAGGAUAAUGAAGCACAGAGUUACUCCACUCUGAAGUCUAUAAAUACCAGCGCCAGAGUGUCGGGGCUGAAGCCGGGCACCAAGUACAUCUUCCAGGUCCGAGCCAGAACGUCAGCUGGCUGCGGACGCUUCAGCCAGAAUGUGGAGAUCCAGACUGGAAAAGCAGCCCCGCUACGCUACAACACCAUGACCAUCAUCUGGAUCUGCAUGGCCAUGGUGUCGGGCCUGGUCGCCUUCCUGGCCAUCAUCAUCUGCAGGAAACGGCAAGGCUACACUCUACCACACUACCCAUCGCUGCUACACUGCGGCUACAGCAAAGCCUUUCAGGACUCUGAUGAGGAGAAGAUGCAUUACCAGAACGGCCAUGUGUCAUUCCCCGACGCGAGGUUCUAUAUCGACCCGCACACAUACGAGGACCCCUGCCAGGCGGUACACGAGUUUGCCCGAGAAAUUGAAGCUUCCAGGAUCAAAAUAGAGAAAAUCAUUGGUUCAGGGGAGUUUGGGGAGGUGUGUUAUGGACGUAUGAGACUCCCGGGAAAGAGAGACAUCCCAGUGGCCCUGAAGACCCUGAAAGCAGGAUACACAGACAAGCAGAAGAGAGACUUCCUGGCUGAGGCGUCCAUCAUGGCCCAGUUCGACCACCCCAACGUCAUCCGCCUGGAGGGAGUGGUCACCCAGAGUAAACCGGUGAUGAUCAUCACAGAGUACAUGGAGAACGGCUCUCUGGACUCCUUCCUCAGGAGACACGAUGGCCAGUUCACCAUCAUCCAGCUGGUGGGGUUGCUGCGUGGCAUCGCGGCCGGUAUGACCUACCUGUCUGACCUGGGCUACAUCCACAGAGACCUGGCUGCCCGCAACAUCCUGGUCAACAGCAACCUGGUGUGCAAGGUGUCUGACUUCGGCCUGUCCCGAGUACUGGAGGAUGACCCCGAUGCUGCAUACACCACCAGUGUGAGUUUUCACAUUGAGGGCGGGAAAAUUCCGAUCCGCUGGACAGCCCCAGAGGCCAUCGCCUACAGGAAGUUCUCGUCCUCCAGUGACGUGUGGAGCUACGGAGUGGUCAUGUGGGAGGUGAUGUCCUACGGAGAGCGACCAUACUGGAACCUCACCAACAGAGAUGUGAUCAAAUCUGUGGAGGAGGGCUACCGGCUGCCUGCUCCAAUGGGCUGCCCUGGUCCUCUACACACACUCAUGCUUGACUGCUGGCAGAAGGAUCGCAACGAGAGGCCACGUUUUUGCCAGAUAGUCACCGUUCUUGACAAGCUAAUCCGCAACCCAGAGAACCUGAAGUCUAUGGACACGCUCUGCAGUUUAAGCAGUCCUCCGCUGAUGGAGAGAGCUAUCCCAGACUUCAGUAGCUGUAACUCAGUAAACGAGUGGCUGGACACCAUAAAGAUGAGCCGUUACAAGGACCACUUUGCAGCAGCAGGGUACCAAACUCUGGGACACGUCAUAAGCAUGAACCAAGGGGACAUCCAGAGGCUCGGGGUGACACUGAUGGGGCACCAGAAGAAGAUCAUGACCAGUGUCCAGCUGAUGAGGGCGCAAGUCCUCAACAAGAGUGUGCCAUCCGUGCACGUAUAACUCCAACGCAGAGGUUUCUAUCUGCUGAAAUGUAGAAACCCAGGCUUCUAUAAGCUAGAGAGACUCCGUGGAAUUUAAGAAGAUCUGAUAAAUGGGAGAAGAAGAUAUGUGGGAACUUUAUAAGACUUUUUCCUUAAGAGAUUGAAGAACAAAACGUGAAAGGUUUUAACAAUGGAGCAAGUAAACAUGACUUCUUUGGGACAAGUCCGACCUUUCAUUUUUUUCCUAUCCAUUUUAUGAGUUUAAAUGUCUUGUUUAUAAAUGGAAAGACUGCCUUAAUUACCACAAUUUAUUUUAAUUUUGUUGUCUAUAAAGAGAAAAAUAAUUUAUCAAUCAUGAAUUUAUCAGAGAAUAUGAUUUACUGAAGCAGGCAAUAGUAAGAGUACAUGGAGUGAUGUAAAGGGUGGGGGGUGUUUUCAAAUG